AUUCGUAGAAUGUCGUCUCUCUCCCUUGUGGAACAAGCAAAGAAAUCCGCUGCCUACCAAGCUGUGGAUGAGAAUUUUCCCGUCUCUGCCAAGGUCGUGGGUAUUGGAUCUGGCUCGACUGUCGUUUACGUAGCUGAACGUAUUGGUCAACUAGCCAACAAGGACUCGUUCGUUUGCAUUCCUACUGGAUUCCAAUCUAAACAGUUGAUUAUCGACAAUGGCUUGAAGUUGGGUGCUAUUGAGCAGUUUCCAGAAAUUGACAUUGCUUUCGAUGGUGCUGAUGAAGUGGACCCUGCCUUGAACUUGAUUAAAGGUGGGGGUGCCUGUUUGUUCCAGGAAAAGUUGGUAGCAGCCAGUGCAAAGACAUUUGUAGUUGUGGCAGACUACCGUAAGAAGUCUGACAACUUGGGUAUCCAGUGGAAACAGGGUGUUCCUAUAGAAAUCGUGCCUAACUCGUAUGCUAAAGUCAUCCAAGACUUGAAAAAAUUGGGUGCAAUCACUGUGAAUCUCAGACAAGGAGGUUCGGCUAAGGCUGGUCCAAUUAUCACCGACAACAACAACUUCUUGCUCGAUGCCGAUUUUGGCGCCAUCAAGGACCCAAAGGCUUUGCACGACCAGAUCAAGGCCCUUGUAGGUGUAGUUGAAACUGGCUUGUUCACAUCGAUGGCUGCGAAGUCAUACUUUGGCGAACAGGAUGGUCAGGUCAAUAUCUGGUCUAUCUAGUUAUUCUACACUGUACGAUAAUAUUGCAAUAACUAUAAUAUACCUAGAAAAAUAGAAUAAUCGUAAUGUAAGGUAAUGAUGGG